AUGUACGAUGCCGAAAAGGCCAUCAAGCGGAACCCUCACCCGGACUUCAAGAAAGUCGAAGCAUCCCGCCCAGACUGGGACUCCGCCGCAGAAUGGCACUACACGAAAACCAAGAACCCAUCCUGGAAAGCCGGUCAAGGCGCCAACGACAACGGCGAAUCCCUCAAGAAGAAACACAUCGAAAUCGACCCGUAUGAAGAAGGUCGUCCGGCGACUUUCAACUACAAACUGCUCAUCUCGGCCAUCAUUCCUCGUCCCGUGGGGUUCCUCUCCACCCGCUCCGCAGAUGGCAGUAGUACCAAUCUCGCUCCUUUCUCGUACACGCAAAUGGUGAACCACGAUCCUCCCGUCUUCAUCGUCGGUUUUGCAGGCGGAAUGGCGCAGGCGAAGGAUACGUUGAAGAACUUGCUGGAGAGCAAAGAGUGCACGAUCAACAUCAUCUCCGAGCACUACCUCGAAGCCGCCAACGCUACGUCGGUCAACGCACCCUUUGGCGUAUCCGAGUGGGCGCUAACUGGGUUGACUCCGGCGGAAAGCUCGCAGGUCAAACCCAGCCGUGUCAAGGAGGCCGUCUUUUCCGUGGAAGGGAAGUUGAUGAACACGCAAGAAUUCGAGAGCAGAGCUACGGCGGGGAAGAAGACGGGUGUCUUGGCUGUGAUUGAAGGUGUCAGGUUCUGGGCGAGAGAGGAUGCGAUCAAUGAGGAGAAGAAUCUGAUUGAUCCGGCGGUGUUGAGGCCUAUUGCGAGGUUGGGUGGAAUCACGUAUUCGAGGGUGUUGUCCGGAAUUGAGAUUCCGAGACCGGAUUGGGAGGAGAUGAAGAAAGAUGCGGAGCCGGCUGGGUUGGUGCAGAGUAAGAAGGAGGGUCAGUGA